AUGGCGUACAAUCGUGGCGGAUACAACCCGGAUGCGCUGCCUGCACAUGCAGAGCCGGAGCAAGCGGCGCAGUUGUUGAACAGUCAGCCUUCGACUCCGAGUACGGGUGCUGGGCCCAUGCCACCACGACAGCAUAGUGGAUCAGUCACGUCGAACUACAACAAACCCACCCCUCCGCCGCCACAGCAGAUGCAGAACCUGAGACCGCAAGAUGAUCGAUAUGGCGGCGGGCGGCCACCACCACCAUCGCAAGGACAAGGAUAUGGGUCGCAAGGAGGACCACCUCAGUCGCCUCGAUAUGAGAACAGUCAGGGUCCACGCUACGGCAAUAACCAAGCCGCGCCACCACCCCGGAACACCUACGGACUAACCUCGCCGCCUCCACCCGCCAACUACGGCUACGGCCCACCGCCCCAAGGCCAUCACAACCGCCCACCAAUACCUGACCACCAACGUCCACCUACAACCGCCCCACCUCCUCCACGAGACGGCAACGACCGAGAUGCACUUUGGCCGAUUUUCCUACAGGUAGACAAAGAUCGCUCCGGCCAGCUAUCCGAAGAAGAACUGCGCCGGGCGCUGGUGAACGGCGAUUACACCGCCUUUGACCCUCAUACAAUUAAAAUGAUGAUCCGCAUGUUCGACACCGAUCGAUCGGGGACCAUCAACUUCGACGAGUUUUGCGGACUCUGGGGCUUCCUCGCUGCCUGGAGGGCGCUGUUCGAUCGCUUCGAUGUGGACCGGAGCGGUAAUAUCAGUCUACGAGAGUUCGAGGAUGCGUUAGUAGCAUUCGGGUACAGAUUGAGUCCGCAGUUUGUCGGGCUGUUGUUCAGCACGUACGCCAAGUCGCAUAGCAGAGGAAGAGGCGAUGAACGGGAGAGGCAGGGAGUGCUAUCGUUUGACCUUUUCGUGCAAGCUUGCAUCAGUCUGAAGCGCAUGACGGACGUGUUUAAGAAGUACGAUUCGGAUCGGGAUGGGUAUAUCACUUUAAGCUUUGAGGAGUUUUUGACCGGUGCGCAGAACCUUUUCCUGUUCAACUCCAUUUCGGCGACCACUGAUACCGGGCUGUACUAG